GCAGAGGGCCGGAGGUUGCACCUAGCACUGCUGGUACUCAUGGUUGUGUGGUUUGUCUCGGAAGUUCCCCUGGACUAUGCAAGUCCAACAACAACAACAACAACCCUCAUCCACUCAGCACGCUUUACCAUCACUUCAAAGCAUCACCCUUCCUACAUCGUCAUCCAAGUCUCCCUUCUUUGACGUUCCAGCAGUACCCCAUUUGCAGCAGCCUACUACCUCCAGACCCCAAGCCAAGCCAUCUUUUACAAUCCCUCACCCAAACCCAGUAAAGCCAGAACAGACCCCUCCAUCCCCAAACAUCUUCACCUACAAAGCCCCAGCACACAAACAUGCCCACCAUCUUCAUAGCAUACCUCCAAAGGAGAAGACAGUCCAGACUUUGAUUCUUGAUCAUAUGUUAUGGCUGCAUUCACGCACUCGUUUCAACCAGGUCAGAUCUGAGCUGGGAAUGCAGACUGGGUCCCCAGAAGGUCCAACCGAAAAGGAUGUCACUGAAACUGAUGAUGAACUUGCUCACGAGCUACUUUUUGGGUUAACCGGGGACGACCGGUAUAAAGGCCUCAGUGCUGAUGCGAACCGGUAUGUACCAAAUGUGGACAUUGAGACCGCGAAAGUUCAAAGGGCGAACGCAGAAGGAAUGGAGAAGGUUCUUACUUCCUUACUCACCCAGUGGUCCGUUGGUUCUCGUCACACUCACGAAGUGAAUCCUGGAGUUCCGGGGGUGUUACCAAAUGGGGUUAGGAUCAGAAUUGUGCUUUCUGCUCUUGUCAACAACCUUGAUUUGUCGCCCAUGUCCAUUGCAUCAAUCGUAGCCAGCGGCACCGCUUCCUCCACUGAAUUGUGCUGGGCCCAAAUGGAUUUUGAACCGUCGCCAGGCGUUCCCAUUUCCCUCGCCCCCCUCACUCCGAUCUCGUCCUUUCAGCAAACUAGGGUCAAGUCCAGCCUUGCCUCGGAAUCGAAGUCAGGUGGACCUCCAGCGCGAUCUAUUUUUUCCUCGAUUCCUCGUGGGGCCGGUAUGGAGUCUCCAUGGGCGCUUGGAUCAUUGAACAGUCUAUCUGCUAGGCAACCCGAGUCGGCAUCGGCAUCCCACUCCGUUUCUAGCCCACCCUUUGCUUCAUCAUCUUCGGGGUCGCAUGCAAGCCGAGGCCCUCGAGUGCGCAAAGCUGUCGGGCAUUCUCGGGAUUUGUACAAUUCUGGAAUUCGAAGGUGUUGGCCCAUUUGUGCAAGUCACCUGACGGAUUUUGAUGAAUGUCCACCUGAGUGCCUUCACGCAGAGGCCUAUGCAGCGGACAAGAAUGGGUUGCCGGACCCCGGCAUUCCAUUGCGCUCUGCUAUUCCUCAGUUUGUCCUCAACGACGUUAACGACAAGGGCGAACCAAAGGAACUCGCCAUCAGCGGAACACGGAUGGCUGCACUUUUGCCACGAUUCCUCAGGCUAUCUGCCUUCAUCACUCGAGAACUUGGUUGUGAGAUGCGUGAGCAGCGGCAGCAAUUCGCUGAUGUGAAGGCCGGGACUGUCAUACCUGCAGAGCCCUCUUCCUCCAACCCCACUUCUAUUGCUGACAUUCCUUCCACCACUGGCGAUGGGCGCCCCACCCGCAUCUGGUAUGCCUUACUGAGUGGUAUGGUCACUAGGGCCGCUUUAGAGGGAUACCUGGGACGUGGUUGGUUGGGGCCCGAUGCUCUUGAAAUCCUUUUUGGUAUUGGGGUAGGUGUGGACUGGGAAGAUGUUGUUGAGAAACCUGAUGAAAAGAAUGUUUCCACAAUGCGUGCCCGCUUGGGAUCGACCUCAUCCGACGUGAAAUCUGUGGAGGAUGAUGGAGUCAGCCAGAAGCAAGGAUCAAUUGACACGUCACUUUCGGAAGCUUACGCUGCCCAGUUUGAGCCCGAUGGCAUGCCUACGUUAGCCGAGGCUGCGAAAAUUCUCUUCAAGCAUGGUAUUCCUACUGGCAUCGCAGGUUCUCAGUCAGAGUUGAGUGUUAUCAACUCCUAUGCGAAUGGAUUCCAGACCACAUGUUUGGGAAACACACGCCCCAUUGACACUGAUCCUGAAUGGGCGGUUGAGAUGACUGAACAUGUCUCUGAGUUUGCCAGUGUGCACCAUAUGACCGACCUUCACAUGCAUUUGCUUGACCUUUCGAAGCGAUAUCCAGCUGAGCCUGUUGAACGUGCAGCUCUUCGAUUCUUGGAAGCCAUUGCUCAGUGGCGUGGUCGUGCCCAUAAUUUGAUCGCUAACUGAUCCUCCGACCCCACAAGUACAAGGAACGUGUUCGAAAAGCCAAUACCAUUGUGACGCAGCCCUCGGCUUCUCUAGAGCGCUGCCGUGGUUCUCUGUCCAUUUCUUCUCUCGUGCACCCCACAGAGACAUCUGACCCGACCUUUGAGCCCAGCUCUUCCGCUAUCUCAUCCCAGUUAAAUACUCCCGUUACUUCUCCUGUCCUUAAAUACUUUGUCGUCCCGAAGCAUGUCAUCGUGUCUCUCCCUCCUUAUCCCUCAAAAAAAAUGCAUGCGCGAUGAAGGCCCUGAGGCUGAAGCAAAGCGAUUAAAAACCCCUCGUGUAGGUGCAUCAUCAUCUGCAACCGCUGCAGCUAAUACAUCUCUACCUGGAAUCCUAUCUGCACCUGCAACCCCUCUGGCUGAAUCUUCCUGGACUGGGCCUACGGUGUUUAAUAGGAAGCAUAAUUUCCUGUCUCCUCCCGAUGUACAUGUAUGUAACCUCAGUUGAAAAU